UCAUCAGCGUGUACUGUAGACGACAGAGCGGUCCUAUAAACAGCUGCCUUGCCGACCUGCAGACAGUGAGCGUGUCGCGAAGAGACAUGGACAUGAGGACACACUGAGUGCAGACUGCACUGAGCCGCGGACCGUCAGGGCAUUCCUGUGAUAAGGACAACUGAUGCGCGGAAUCAACAUCAUCAAACACUCACAUCUGACAGAUUAUCACCCGUUAAAGAACUAAGAACACAUUUGCCAGUUGACAUGCGCAUUUUGGCCCUCGUGGCAACGGAAGGACCUAUGCCUUUUUUGAUCACUUUGCAUUGAUUUCUGUCAUUGAUUUACCCCAUGCCACAUUACAGGGCAGGAUUAUAAUUCCCUCUUGGAUGUAAAAGUCAUCGAUUUUCCUACUCAUCAACACCAAACUUUUCUUUACACGUCUGGAAAUUGCGCACGGAGAUGGCGCAAAGGUACGAUGAGCUGGCUCUUUAUGGAGGCGCGAUGGACGGAGUCGGAGUCCCCACCUCCAUGUACGGAGACCCGCACGCCCCCCGGCCCCUGCCCCAGGUCCACCACCUGAACCACGGGCCGCCUCCGCAUCCGACGCAGCACUAUGGAGCCCACGCGCCGCACAACAUCAUGCCCAGCAGUAUGGGCAGCGCCGUCAACGACGCACUAAAGAGAGACAAGGACCAAAUAUACGGCCACCCUUUAUUUCCAUUGUUGGCUCUGGUGUUUGAGAAGUGCGAGCUGGCGACCUGCACGCCCAGGGAGCCCGGGGUUGCGGGAGGAGACGUUUGCUCCUCCGACUCCUUCAAUGAAGACAUAGCCGUAUUUGCAAAACAGAUCCGCGCAGAGAAACCUUUAUUUUCUUCCAACCCAGAGCUAGAUAACUUGAUGAUUCAAGCGAUUCAAGUCCUACGAUUUCAUCUCCUGGAAUUAGAAAAGGUUCAUGAGCUCUGUGAUAACUUCUGCCAUCGGUACAUCAGCUGCCUAAAAGGCAAAAUGCCUAUCGACCUGGUCAUAGAGGACCGAGAGAUCUGCAAGUCGGACUUCGACGACCUCUCCGGAUCCUCCACCAACCUCGCAGAUCAUAACCCUGCAUCCUGGAGAGACAUGGAUGACACCCACUCCAUGCCCUCUGUGGGCACCCCAGGACCGUCCAGUGGAGGACAUGUCUCUCAGAGUGGCGACAACACCAGUGAACUUGGAGAUGCCCUCGACAACAGCCUGGCAUCACCAGGCACAGGAGACGAGGAUGACCAAGACAAGAAAAGGCAGAAGAAACGAGGCAUUUUCCCCAAAGUAGCAACAAAUAUAAUGAGAGCAUGGCUCUUCCAGCACCUUACGCACCCAUACCCCUCAGAGGAACAGAAAAAGCAGCUAGCACAAGACACAGGCCUCACCAUCCUUCAAGUGAACAACUGGUUUAUCAAUGCAAGGAGGAGAAUAGUCCAGCCUAUGAUUGACCAGUCCAACAGAGCAGUGAGUCAGGGAACAGCUUACAGUCCAGAUGGCCAGCCAAUGGGAGGAUUUGUUCUUGAUGGGCAGCAGCACAUGGGUCUCCGACCUGGAGGGCCAAUGGGUAGCAUGGGCAUGAACAUGGGCAUGGAUGGGCAAUGGCACUACAUGUAAAUCCAUUUCACUGAGGCAAGCCUGAA